AGGAUGGGCCGUGAGGAGGCGGAGCUCAGCGUGCUGUGAGGUGCUAUCUGGUGACUGUGAGCAGCGCACCGGUUUAUUAAUAUGCUGUUAGGAAUGGCAUGAGUGAUCUCCCCGUUUCCACACAUAAGGUCGAGCUUCAUAAGGGAGGUCAGAGGGGAUAAAGCUGGCCAUGUCGCGGGUCCCCACCCCCCCUCCCCCGGGGGAGAUGACAUCAGGACCUGUGGCAGAGAGCUGGUGUUACACACAGGUUAAGGUGGUGAAGUUCUCGUACAUGUGGACGAUAAAUAACUUCAGUUUCUGUCGGGAGGAGAUGGGAGAAGUUCUGAAGAGCUCCACCUUCUCCUCGGGUCCUAAUGAUAAAAUGAAGUGGUGUUUAAGAGUGAAUCCGAAGGGUCUGGACGACGAGAGUAAAGACUAUCUCUCCCUUUAUCUACUGCUUGUGAACUGUCCAAAAAGUGAAGUACGAGCAAAGUUCAAGUUCUCCCUACUGAAUGCCAAAAGAGAAGAAACUAAAGCCAUGGAAAGCCAAAGAGCCUAUCGCUUUGUCCAGGGGAAGGACUGGGGGUUUAAAAAGUUUAUUAGGCGGGACUUCCUGCUCGACGAAGCGAACGGACUUCUACCAGACGAUAAGCUCACUCUCUUCUGUGAGGUGAGCGUGGUGCAGGACUCUGUGAACAUCUCGGGUCAGUCCAACAUGAACAUGCUGAAGGUGCCCGAGUGUCAGCUGGCCGAUGACCUGGGGAACCUGUGGGAGGGCUCCCGCUUCACCGACUGCAGCCUGUUUGUUGGGGGACAGGAGUUCAAAGCACACAAAUCCAUCCUGGCAGCACGGUCGCCAGUAUUCAACGCCAUGUUUGAGCACAAAAUGGAGGAGAGUAAAAAGAAUCGUGUUGACAUCAGUGACGUUGAACCGGAUGUGUUCAGAGAGAUGAUGGUCUUCAUCUACACGGGGAAAGCGCCCAACCUGGAGAAAAUGGCCGAUAACCUGUUAGCUGCAGCAGAUAAGUACGCUCUGGAGAGACUGAAGGUGAUGUGUGAGGAGGCUCUGUGUAACAGUCUGUCUGUGGAGAACGUGGCCGACAUCCUCAUCCUCGCCGACCUGCACAGCGCCGAGCAGCUCAAAGCACAAGCCAUAGACUUCAUCAACAGGUGCAGUGUUCUCAGACAGCUGGGCUGCAAAGAUGGAAAGAACUGGAACAGCAAUCAGGCAGCAGAUAUAAUGGAGACGGCUGGAUGGAAGGCUAUGAUUCAGUCUCAUCCUCACCUCGUGGCUGAAGCGUUUCGAGCGCUCGCCUCGGCUCAGUGCCCCCCGUUCGGUCUCCCCCGCAAACGGCUAAAGCAGUCCUGACCCCCGCCGCCACGGACCCUAUACAUACAGACACGACGCGGGGAGACCACCACCACCCCCACCCAACCACCAACCCCACACGCCCCAUCCGGCCCCGGUGUCCCUCGCCACCUUCUCCACCCCGUCCCUCUCCGCCCCGCCCCGCCCGGUCUCUCGGAGCUCCUCUGGAGGGAGCUCUGGCCGCUGUUUUCUCGGCCGCAGGAAGAAGGAUCCUACUGUAAAACGACUGCUUCACUCCGGGCUCCCGGAGCUCCGCCCAGCGGCGCGUCGUCUGAAAAAUGGCCUUAAAGGACACGCCCCCUGCCCCGCCCCCGCCGUGGUGUCUCUCCGUGUGAACUGUGUGCCUGCUGCGCCUCGACCCGGGCCUGUCCAGAUUGCACUAACUCUCCCGUAACGCCGUCGUCUAACGUGAUGUUUAGGACCCUCGUCUCUCAGUGUUUCCGCCUGCGGCGCCGGAUCCGGGCGGCUGAGCCCUGUCUGUGAUUCAACAUUUCAAAAAAAACAAAAACAAGGAAGAAAAGAAAAAAGAUGAAGUGUGUGAACUCACCAGAACACAUUCACGUCAAGUGCAAAAUCAUUUCCACUCACACUUUUUAAAACGGUGUUGUUGCCCAUGUUGUUGGCAGAAAAGAGAAAAAGAGAAAAGAAAAAAGAGAAAAUGUUUCCUAUAAUGUUUAACAUCAUUAAAUAUGGGCAUAAAGUAUUAACUGAGAUUCUGCAUUAGAAUACUUGGUGAAAUGUGAUGCAUUCUUUCAGUAUAAUUAUGAGUAUUACAUGAAAACAGAACUGAAAAUGUUGAUAUUUUGCACCUACUUAACUAUUGGGUAAAAAUGAAGAUUUGUUUACCAUAUUGUUUACAAGAUGUUUUUUCCCUUUUCACACAGACUUAUUUUUGACUUUAGUCGUACGGAGUUUAUUUUCCAUGAUUAGCAGCUUUUGCUUACUCUAUAAAAUGGCAGAGUUCUUUGUGUUUGGAAAAUGUAUUGUGGUUUAAAGAACUUUGAUUUAUUGCUUUGAAAUUAAACCGGAGAAAAGCA